UGCUGCAGCCUUUGUUUCUGGCUGACUGCCCUCUCUAGCUCCUUUUUAUUUUCUAGUCUGGCUUUGGGGAAAUGGGAGGUGACAAUGGUACAGAAGUAACAGAGUUCAUUUUAUUGGGAUUCUCAGGUUUUGUCUUUCUCCAGGGCCAUCUGUUUUGGGGUGUACUGUGUAUCUAUGUGGUUACCUUGCUGGGCAACUCUCUGAUCAUCCUGCUCACGCUGGCCGACUCGGCGCUCCACUCCCCCAUGUACUUCUUCCUGCGUCACUUCUCCCUGGUGGAGAUCCUCUACACCACUACCAUCGUGCCUAGGAUGCUGGCUGACCUGCGCUCUUCCCGCCCCACCAUCCCCCGUGGCAGCUGCUUCACGCAGUUGUACUUCUUUGCCCUUUUCGGCAUUACCGAAUGCUGUUUGCUCACCGCCAUGGCUUAUGACCGAUAUGCUGCUAUCUGCUGUCCGCUGCAUUAUACCACCCUGAUGAACCAGGGAACGUGUGCCAGCAUGGUGGGGGUCUCUUACCUCGCGGGCAUCAUCACUGGCACCAUUCACUCUGUCUUCAUCUUCACUUUGCCUUUCCGCGGUGCCAACACCAUUCAUCACUUCCUGUGUGACAUCCUGCCUGUGCUGAGACUGGCUACCGCGAGCACUUUCUGGGGCGAAGUGGGGAAUCUCUUUGUUACAAUCGCUUUUAUCUUCACGCCCUUCUCGUUGAUUGUGGCCUCUUAUGCCUGUAUUCUUGCUGCUAUCCUUGGCGUUGCCACGUCCCAGGGGCGUCAGAAGAUCUUUUCCACCUGCUCCUCUCACUUGUUUGUGGUCAUACUCUUUUUUGGGACCGGGACUGUGGCCUAUAUGAGGCCUCAGGCAGGUUCUCUUGGGGACACAGACCAGAUUCUAUCCGUCUUCUACACAGUUGUCACCCCCAUGUGCAACCCUUUUGUCUACACCCUGAGGAAUAAGGAGGUCACAGGGGCCAUGAGGCGGCUCAUGAAGAGAUACCUUUGGGGUCCUUGACCAUACUCCACUUCCUCCCAAGAUCUUGGAUCCCUGGACAUUCUCAAGGAAAAGGAGAAGCUGAGGCCUUCGGGUGCAGUCUGCUGUGCACUGUGUGUCUCACUCAGCGUGAACAUCUAAGGCAAUGGUAUAUUACGCAUAUUCAGGUAUAUUCAGAGCUCUGCUUCCUGGACCUGGUUUUAAGACCUUGACUGGGCUUCAUCAUAUGAGGAGAGCUGAAGACUGGAAUGAAGAUCAAGGGGAAGGCAGCUGGGAGAAGCUUGUGUGAUGAUGUAAUCCUGGUCAUGAUUGAGUGACUUCCUGGGGUUACGCUCUUGAGACAGCCAUCUUCCUGCUUCUCCCAGUAAGUUCUUAUUGUAAGCCUUUUUCCCUGAUAUCAUUCGCAUGUCUGGGAAGGGACAGGGGCAGGGAGUAGCUGUUUGGUUUGCAAGUUCAGCUCCCAAGUCUUGCUUGGUAUCGUUGUGGGCUUGGUCUGUCCAAUUACUUGUCUCCUGACUGAUCCCUAUCUCUUUGGAUCCUCCUGAGAUGUUGGUGUUUUCUACUUAACUUCCUCCCAACCCAUGCUGAUAGAAAUGCUUUUCAUGCCCUCCUUUGGUCUCAGGUCUGGCACACAUCUCCCCUCUGCCCCCAUCUGAAGUCUGAUGUGGUCUUCGAGUCUUGAAAUGACACUUGUU